AUGGUAGGUGGCGGCGGCGGCGGCUUCUUUAGUGAUGGACAAAAUGCACCGAAUCAUCCCCACGAAACAGGGAAAGGAGGUAAAGGAUAUCUCCGUGGGGGAAUGGGUGGACAGAAUUAUGGUGGAUUUGGAGGUGGUGGUGGUUUUCUUGUCGACAAAAGAGGAGUAGGUGGCGGAGGAGGGGGGAAUGGUGCAGCUAAUGAAGAGUUUUCCUGUGGUGGAGGUGGGGGAUCUUUUAACGAUGGAACACAUCAGCAAAAUGAAUGUUGUUAUAAUAGCGAUGGUCAUGGAAGAGUGUUCAUCACAUUACUUCAUAGAAAUGUACUUGGCAGCUCCUUCCUUAACGUAUAG